GAGCGCGCGUGCACGAGGCGCCACGUCAUGUGUGUGCGCCGCACCAUGGCGCCAGAGCGCGCUGCAUCAGUUCCGCAGCAGCCGCCGCAGACACACACACGCUGCAGUCACUAGCGGCACCCGGAGUCCUGUGGACGCACCCUGACGUAUCCCACACUGCAGCAGCCAGUCCACCCUCACACGCCAUCUAGCGGCCAAGCCAAGUCCCGCUAUCUGGGCGAAAUAAAACAAUGGUGAAGGAGACAAGUGGAUUCAAGUUGUUUCGCUCCCUUGCCGUUGGCCUGAUGUCCGUGGGGCUGAUGGCUGUGGCAAGCCUGGCAGGUGAAAAUAAAGAUGGAGUUGGGUCUAAGAAUAGCUUUGACUUCAAGGAUGUCGACUCGGAUGGCAGUGGAUGUGUGGAAGGUGCGAAGGAGUUGCAAACUUUUCGAUCAGAAGUAAGGAGGAUACUGGGAGAAUCUCUGGGACUCGGGGACCUGGAGAAAGCCCUGCGAGCAGCGAAGAUAACUCUGUCUGCAGACGUCAGUGGCGACGGCAGGAUCUGCGAGUGCGACCUCCUCAGCAUCCUCCUGUCCGAGACGUCCGGACUGGGGCGCCACCAUCAUGCAUUUCGCGUCUACGAGGACGGGUCGAUCUUCGACGAUGUGGACGCGGACAAGGACGGGUAUCUUGGCGAGGACGAGAGCGAGGCGCUGGCUGUGAAGCUGUCCAAGUGUGUGCCGCUGGACAAGGCGCGUGCUGCCGUGCACGCCAUGGCCAAGCUCGCAGCUGAAGAUGGAAAAGUCAGCAGAGAAGAAUACCUUCAGUUCUUAGCGCCAGUGCCCUCCAGUCUUCCUGUUGUACCAGGACCUGCCAGACUCGAUCAGCCUGCACUGCCACAGUCCUUGCAGGCGGCACAGGUCCAGCCAGCGAGCCAGCCAGAGACCACGGUAAAGGUCAUCUCGGUCCCAAAAGUUCAGCAAGGUCAGGCGCGUGUGGACCACUCCCUUGCCUCUCAGUCGCAGCAGCAACAGGAUGAAGGUGUGGUUAGACAAGAUGCUUUUCAACCUCCGUCAGCAACAGCCACAUCAGAUCAAUCAGCUCUGCAUCUGGAACAUGACCUGCAGGAACCUGCAGAGCUCGUGCAGUCAUUUAACGCCUGGCGUCUUCAUCAUCAGCAGCAGGAGUCCCCGGAUGUUGCCGAGGUUCAGCAGGAAAUCCUGCGAGAAACCACGAAUUCGACCAAAACUGUCGGCGCCGACAGUCCCCAACGAUCUGUCGGGAAUUAACCCUCGGUCACACGAGCUCUGCACGUCCAGCAUCCACGCUUGGUACCGCACACCACAGAUACAGUGAGAACACUCUCCACAGACACACAGACAUGAAAGGGUUAACAUGAUCAUGGACGAUGGUCAAGAAUUAUGUUUCUUGUUUCAAGAGGAACAAGAUGGUGGUGUUAUGUACACACAAUUCCCCUUGCUUUGACCCCACCCCACGUUUAUGCCAAUUGAUUCUUUGUGUGCAACAUCCUUUGUACGUCCCUCUGCCUUUCUAUUCUUCUGGAAAACAAUAUUUUGUAGUUAGGUUAGAACAAAUCGUAGAACGACUCUCCCACAAGGGAAAGAUCAAUGAGUAAUUUAAUUAUUUUGUAAGCUAAUGAACUGCACGAAACUGUCACAAAUAUCAUAAUCCUUGCACAAAAUUCAACAUGCAAAUUUUAAAAGUUGAAGCAAGGUGAACAAAGGUAAGAACUGUGUGGUCUCAUCGCAAGGCUUUGAAAUGAAUUCCAUGAAAGAUGAACUACGAAACAACGAGAUACUUUCAUGUACUAUGAUGCCACUUUUCUUUAGAAAUAUUUGAAAACUGUGUAGCAUUCCUGCUACCCUCAUGCGGCCGUAUUUAUUUAAAUUUCAGACUGAACCUUUUUAGUUAUAAUUAUUUAUCGUAGAUUGGUUAUCUAGACAGUUGAUCUUUAAGGAAGGUGUGCAAGUUACCUCUGAUUUUUUCUAUAAAUACCCAUAUCGCCAGGUUCUUCAAUGAAUUCUCAGUAACCGAGGAAUUCUAUUUGCUAGUGUUAAUCGAUGGAACCGUUAGACAGGACCCCAGUCACGAGUUAUUAGGUAAGGUCAUGUGAUCAUAGACGUGAACCCUCGUCAAACGUCCAGUGGACGUAGUGCCGCCGGAAACUACAGAAUAAUAUUAACAUUCCAGCAUUAUCUAAACUAUCGAUAACAUAGUAUUCAAUAUCAAAUUAAUCAAACUUAACGGUGUCCUAUAAUUUGUUGACAUUUCUGAUCAUUCGUUAUGGCAGUGAACGCAGGAAAAAAAACUUAGAUAAAAAAGGAGAUUAUUGAUGAACCCCGUGAAACCGUCCGACAAACACACUCCUUCCUUCUUUUACUCUGUCAUUUCAAUCAACCAGAACCAUAUAAGAAUGUCGAGGCAAAACAUGAGGGAGAAAAUUACAAACAGGUGCAAGUUUUAAUAGCAGUUAUUUUCGUGUCGCCGAGUAGAAAUACACUUACAGGUGUAAGUAAUACAAUGGCGACGAUCCUCUAGAACACCCGAUGGAAGCUUUUGCCUGAUGAAAGUGUAGAUAGGUCUGCCACGGCACCUUUGUAAUGGUUCUUAUUUAUUGAAAUGUCUGAUGAAAUGGCGAUGAAAUUAUUUUAAUUGUAACUUAUUCUUUAUAACUCAUACUUCAGUGACAUUUCAUUAAUCAAUGUAUCAGUUGAUUUAGGGACAUCAGUAAUUUUACAAUAAACUAUAGUGAACUGUUUGCACAUUUUGUCAAAUUUACUACUGAUAUUUUUAUAUCACUCACUCACUCACUCACUCAUUCACUCACUCACUAAGGUGGCUAAUGAGGCUUAUUUAAGAAUAAGACAUAUUUGUUGGCAAUGCCUAUGUUUUGAACGCGUAACCAAAGAGUUUUCUUGUUAUGAAAUAUAUUUCCAUAUGUUUACAUCUACCCAUGUAUUGUUUAACAAAAUGUUUCAAAGACAUAUUUUCAUGAAUAGGAACAUUUUAUGUUUCUGAUCGUGCAAUGGAAAUGUAAUUUUUGAAAAAGUCCCCAGCUCUAAUAAACCUGCGUCAAAGCUUCUAA